AUGCGACCCAUCGACGUCACCUCCACAAUCGCCAACAAGCUCUUAACCACGGUGUAUAACCAUGUAAAGAUCGCCGCACCCGCACGAUUCAAAGUGGGUGACUCGGUACGCGUCAGUAAAUUCAAGACAAUUUUUGACAAAGGUUACACACCAAACUGGACCACGGAAGUGUUUAAAAUCAUCAAGGUGCAGAAAACUAAUCCCACAACGUAUCUUUUGGAGGAUUCUCGUGGAAAACCCAUAGCCGGAGGAUUCUAUGAAUACGAACUGCAUCGCGUUGCUAAUCCCGACGUAUACCUAGUUGAAAAAGUUUUGCGCAAAAGAGGGAAAGAG